GAGCUGCCAGCGUGGUUGUGGGCCACCCCCUGGACACGAUCAAGACCCGUUUGCAAGCUGGACAAGGGUAUGGAAAUACACUCACCUGCGUUCUCACUGUGUACAGAAAUGAGUCUGUGGCUGGCUUCUUCAAGGGCAUGUCCUUCCCUCUGGCCAGCGUCGCCGUCUACAGCUCCGUGGUCUUUGGGGUCUUCAGCAACACGCAGAGGCUGCUCAGCCAGCUCCGCCACGGGGACCCUGCCCGGGCACCAGCCCUGGCUGACGUGGCCCUGGCCAGCAUGGUGGCAGGGUUCAUCUCCGUGGGCAUCGGCACCCCCGUGGACCUGGUGAAGAUAAGGCUCCAGAUGCAAACGCAGCCCUCCGUCAAAGCUAACAUUAAAGUAAAGGCCACAGUUCCUGGAUCCCCUGUGUACCGAGGCCCAAUUCACUGCUUUAGGACAGUCCUCCAGAAAGAGGGGCUAGCAGGAAUAUACCGAGGAGCAGGAGCAAUGCUUCUGAGGGAUGUUCCUGGGUACUGCUGCUAUUUCAUCCCUUACACGUUGUUCUGUGACUGGAUCACCCCUGAGGGAUGCAUUUCCCCCAGUCCCUCCUCCAUCUGGCUGGCAGGGGGUGUAGCAGGAGCCGUUUCCUGGGGGAUUGCAACUCCAAUGGAUGUUGUGAAAAGUCGACUCCAGGCAGAUGGAGUUUAUUUAAACAAGUACAAAGGGACCCUCGACUGUAUCUUGCAGAGCUACCAGAACGAGGGCUUAAAAGUCUUUUUUAGGGGCAUCACAGUCAAUGCAGUGCGAGGAUUCCCAACGAGUGCAGCCAUGUUUCUUGGCUAUGAACUUUCCCUCAAAGCAAUGAAAAGAGACCAAACUGAGACCAAUCCUUAA